CCCAAGCCCUGCUGUCCCGCCCAGCAUCCUCCGAGGAAUAAAACGUCUUGUCUGUCGCAGAUCUGGGACACAGCGGGACAGGAGCGGUUCCAGUCCCUCGGCGUGGCCUUCUACAGAGGCGCCGACUGCUGCGUGCUGGUGUUCGACGUCACCGCGCCCAACACGUUCAAGACGCUGGACAGCUGGAGAGACGAGUUCCUCAUCCAGGCCAGUCCGCGGGACCCCGAGAACUUCCCCUUUGUCGUGCUGGGAAACAAGAUCGACCUCGAAAACAGACAAGUGGCCACAAAGCGGGCGCAGGCCUGGUGCUACAGCAAAAACAACAUUCCCUACUUCGAGACCAGCGCCAAGGAGGCCAUCAACGUGGAGCAGGCGUUCCAGACGAUCGCGCGGAACGCGCUCAAGCAGGAGACGGAGGUCGAGCUGUACAACGAGUUCCCCGAGCCCAUCAAACUGGACAAGAACGAGCGGGCCAAGGCCUCGAGCCUCAGCUCGGUGUAG